CAGGGCGGCACAAUAAUUUCAAACAUGUGGCAGCCUUAUGGCCGUCAAAUAAUUUCAAACUUGUAGUGGCAACAUCAGAACGGAAUCUUUUUCUAGCUGUUUUAGGAGUGCUAAGUUAUCCAGUUUUACGUAUUUCUUGUCAAAGCUUACUGAUAUUUGAUUUUUGAUGGUGUUUGAUGCAUUUCUUGGUAUAUUCAUUAAACAAGUGCCUGCAGAAUUAAUUAAUUUAGUGUCUAUAGCUGAUUCCUGCGUACAGCUUACAGAUGCAUUUCAAGAGAGUGCGUACAGAAUGUAUUCAGUUUGUUGCAUAUAGGCGCAAUAUAAGCAAAUAUAUGCAUGUGACGGGCAUCUUCUUUUUUUCCCGCACCCGUGUAAAAGGCAUGAACAGAGUCAUCAGUUCGGAACGCCUUGUUGGUGAUAUUUCUUAAAUUCCCCUGCUGGAAAUGACGUCAUAAAUGACUUCGACUGGCUAGUGGCCUUUUUGCAACCGCCAGUCAUUUUGCAACACUAGAAGAUCCGCAGUGUGAUUUGCAGCCCUGAAUUUUGGAGCCGGGCUUGAUUGUUAUCACAUACAUAUAUGUAAACAAAAAAAACUGAGAACUGCUCCAUGAUCGGCUUAACGCCCCUGAUUACUCUAGUGCUCGCGUGCCUGGGAAAUGUCGCCACCCAGAAGUUACCCAACAUCCUGUUGAUCCUGUCCGACGAUCAGGAUGUGGAGCUACGCGGGAUGUUUCCCAUGGAGCAGACGAUCCAGCUGCUGGGUUUCGGAGGUGCCCUGUUCCACAACGCCUUCACGCCCACGCCCGUUUGCUGCCCUGCGCGGACGAGUCUGCUUACUGGAAUGUAUGCGCACAACCACGGCACCCGCAACAAUUCCGUAAGUGGUGGCUGCUACGGGCCGCAUUGGCGGAGGGCCCUGGAGCCCAGAGCUCUGCCGCAUAUCCUGCAGCAGCACGGGUACAACACCUUCUUUGGAGGAAAGUACCUUAAUCAGUACUGGGGCGCCGGCGAUGUGCCAAAAGGAUGGAACCACUUCUUUGGCCUUCACGGAAAUUCCCGGUACUACAAUUACACGCUGCGUGAGAACUCUGGGAACGUGCACUACGAGUCGUCCUACCUGACCGACCUCCUAAGGGACCGUGCUUCUGAUUUUCUGAGAAAUGCUAGCCUAGCCACUGGAAAUGUUCAACCCUUCUUUGCCAUGGUGGCUCCACCGGCAGCCCACGAGCCCUUUACUCCUGCCCCGCGACACGAGGGCGUGUUUUCCCACAUAAAAGCCGUGCGCACACCCAGUUUUAAUCAAGUUAAGAAGGAUAAGCACUGGUUGGUUAGAGCAUCGCGAAGUCUGCCCAACGAAACGAUCGAAACCAUAGACAAGUACUUUCAGAAGCGCUGGGAGUCGCUGUUGGCUGUGGACGAGCUAGUGGCCACCUUGGUGGCCGUGCUGAACGAGACGAAGUGCCUGGACAACACUUACAUCAUUUACACAUCGGACAAUGGCUACCAUGUGGGCCAGUUCGCUCAGCCGUUCGACAAGCGACAGCCCUACGAAACGGAUAUUGGCAUACCGCUCCUAGUCCGGGGACCGGGAAUCGCACCUGAGAGCCAUAUUGACACGGCCGUCAGCUUGGUGGAUCUGGCGCCGACGAUAUUGGCUUGGGCCAACGUUAACACACCCGCCUACAUGGAUGGGCAAUCGUUCCACGAGAUUCUGUUCAACAAGGAGCGGAAAAUCCCAUUUUUCGAACGCUCCUUGCUUGUCGAAUACUGGGGAGAAGGAACUGUGGGCACCUACAAUCCCGAAUGCCCUUGGUCGGAGCAAGACCGUUUGGCGCAGUGCACGCCAGUGGCGGACUGCCAUUGCCAGGACUCGUGGAACAAUACCUACGCUUGCCUAAGAAACAUUCGUCACCGGGAGGAUCGCAUUUAUUGCGAGUUUCGGGAUAAUGAGAACUAUUUAGAGGCUUAUGACCUGCAAUUGGAUCCUUUUCAAAUGACGAACAUAGCCUACGAUCUGCUGCCCAUAGAACGAGCUUUGUAUUCAUUGCGACUAAGGAAUCUGACCCAGUGCUCUGGACACUCGUGUUUUCCGUAAUCUUACUACUACUACUGUGGGAAUACUACUCUUCCUUAACCAAGCUUGCAGUCAUAAGAGCAACUCAAACCAAAUUCGUGUUCGCAUAGCGAUAUAGUUUUUGGAUAUUUCUGUAUUCAUAUUAUGUGAUUUAAGUACCUAUUUACGUGGCCCGAAAAUAGUUAUAUGUCAUAUGGUCUAGUGUUUUUUUUAGGAGUACUGCAAAUAUCAAUACAUUAGUUGAGAGCUCUGGCUUGGUAA